CGGGGGCGCUGCUGGGCGGCGGGAUCGGGAUCGGCGGCCCCUGAGCCCGCCAUGGGUGACGCGCCCCGCAGGGCGGAGUCGGGCACGCAGCUGCUUGCGCGACUCGAGGGCAGAAGCUCUCUGAAGAAUCUUGAACCUUAUCUGUUUGCUGAGGAGGGAUCUCCUGUUCAUGGAGACAUCAUUGAAUUCCACGGUGCAGAAGGAACAGGGAAAACGGAAAUGCUCUAUCACCUCAUAGCCCGCUGCAUCAUUCCAAAGUCGGGAGGAGGGCUGGAAGUGGAAGUCAUGUUCAUUGACACAGACUAUCACUUCGACAUGCUCCGCCUGGUUACCAUUCUGGAGAACAGGCUGGCACAAAGGACGGAGGAAAUGAUAAAGCAGUGCCUGGGAAGGCUUUUCCUUGUGAACUGCAAUAGCAGCACUCAGUUACUGCUCACUCUCUACUCUUUAGAAAACCUGUUUUGCGCUCACCCCUCGCUCUGUGUUCUGCUUUUAGACAGUAUAUCAGCUUUUUAUUGGAUAGACAGAAGCAACGGAGGGGAGAGUCUUACCUUGCAGGAGAUGAAUCUGAAGAAAUGUGCCAGCUUUCUUGAAAAGCUUGUGAGACAGCACCACUUGGUCCUCUUUGCAACAACACAGACACUUAUGCAGAAAUCUGCAAACUCUGCAGAAGGCUUUUUCCCUUUAAAACUUCCACAUGAAACUGAUACAGACUAUAGACCGUAUCUUUGUAAAUCGUGGCAACAAAUGGUAACCCACAGGAUAUUUUUCUCUAAGCAAUGUAGUUCUGGCAACAGCAAUGGUUUUACAGUCAUUUCUUGCCACCUCAAAAGAAACCAGGUAGUAAAACGUUCAUUUAGUGUUGCAGAAUGUGGAGUUCAGUUUUAACUUCAGUUUGUAAAUGUUUAGCAACUCUUGGUGCUUAACACCUGAUUAGGUCUAAGUAGUUUCUGGUACCUUUAAAACUAGCUGGUUGUUGCUGAGUGAUUAAGAAUUUUUGUCACCAUUUUCUUAAAAUUUAGUGACAUUUUUGUUCAUGCUUAACCAAAGACACAUUAAACUGCAAGUACCCUUCAGUAA